UGGUCAACAACAACUUUAUGAUUUUAGUAGAUCCGCCGAUCCAUCAGGACGAUUUGAAGAUGUUCGAUUUACUGGUAACGCAGGUGGCGAUUCUACGAGUAAUUUGAGAGGCGAAGAAAGAGAUCAAGAGGAAUAUCAGGAGAGAAUUCCAGGUCGAGACAUUUAA